UCCGUCUGAUGAUUCUAUCUUCAAUAGCUUUUCUUAUAAAUUUCUCCGUCGCUGAGUAGAAAAUCAAAGAAAGCGUUUUGCCGGGUGAAGAAAGAAGAUAAAUGGCGAAGCCGGAGCUGUUUGAGCUCAGCAACGGAAGGAUAAAAGUGAGGCUGACCAACGUCGGCGCCGCCAUCACUUCUCUUCUCGUCCCUGAUUCCGAAGGAAAUGUGGCAGAUGUAGUUCUAGGGUUUGACUCCCUUGAUGCUUAUGUGAAUGACAAUGCACCUUAUUUCGGGUGCAUUGUUGGCCGUGUGGCAAAUCGGAUCAAAGAUGGGAAAUUUGCUCUCAAUGGUGUGGACUAUUCAUUGCCUAUUAACAAUGGCCCCAACAGCCUUCAUGGUGGGAGCAAGGGCUUUAACAAAGUGGUCUGGGAGGUUAUAGAUCAUACAGAUGGUGGGAUACCAGCCAUAACAUUCAAGUAUCACAGUAAAGAUGGAGAGGAAGGUUAUCCUGGUGAUGUUACAGUCACAGCAACAUACUCCCUUCCUUCAAGCAACUCACUCAAACUUGAAAUGGAGGCCACACCCAGUGGCAAAGCUACCCCAAUCAACCUUGCUCAGCACACUUACUGGAAUCUAGCAGGUCACAAUUCCGGCGACAUUCUCGAUCAUUCUAUUCAAAUCUUUUCGCAUCACAUAACUCCAGUCGAUCACAACUCAAUACCAACCGGCGAAAUCGCUCCGGUCAAGAAUACUCCCUUUGAUUUCACACAAGAAAACAAAAUUGGUAGCACAAUUGAUCAAGUUCCAGGUGGCUAUGAUCAUAACUAUGUUCUUGAUUACAGUGAAGAGAAAUCUGGACUGAAGCAUGUGGCUAAGGUGAAGGAUUCUUCAAGUUCAAGAGUACUGAACCUAUGGAGUGAUGCACCUGGUGUGCAAUUUUAUACAGCUAACUAUGUUAAUGGUGUUUCUGGAAAAGAAGGAUCAAUCUAUCAAAAACAUGCAGGUUUAUGUUUGGAGACUCAAGGAUUUCCAAAUGCAAUUAAUCAGCCAAAUUUUCCUAAUAUUGUGAUUCAGGCUGGAGAAAAAUACAAGCAUACAAUGUUGUUUGAAUUCUCAGUUGAAUAGAGAUUUGGUCCAUCCAUUAUUUUUUUAUGAAACUUUGCAUUGAUGAGAACAAUGAUUAUUUUUAA